UUGUUCGACUUCCGACCGCGCGACACCUCCCAUUUCGAGUCUUCUUUGUCUUUUCUCGACGUCUGUACGCUGGUCGUACCCAUAAUCAGGUCUAAUCUGCGCUAGUCCAUAUCGUCGAACGAUCGAGACUGAUCGACUCAUCUCACGAGACACUAUCGAAUCACAUAACACCCUCUGCGAUAAUAUGAAGCUCCUUCAACUCUCUUACUUUUUGACCCUGGCGGUCUCCGACUUGUUCGAGUGUGGUCUGGUACCUGUUGAAGCCUCUCCUCUACGAAUGGUACACCCUCGAAAACGUCACGAGAUCGCCGCAUCGGUCCACCGUCGGACAUCCAACAAGGCGCUUCAAUUCGGAAAACAGGCGAUUGAUAAGAGACAGGAAUGCGAAUACGGCACUUGGAGAUGUCAGGGGCAAGACCUCCAACGCUGCCUCGGAGGUCAAUUCGGGACGAUGCGGACUUGCGCUGCCGAUCAGGUUUGCACGACCGAAGGAGGAGACACUGGAUGCAUCUGGGCGUGGCAGAAGACAGCAGAAAUUGCCAGCCCCAACGCCACAGCGAUGUCAACCUUGAUGGUAUCGACGUCUAGCGGCCCGGCUGUGACUUCUUCCAGCAACUCAAAGACAUUUUCCGACACAUCUGUCUCGGGAUCUUCAAGCAUCUCUGUAUUUGUUCCCUCUAACACCGUCGAUGCUUCAACUUCCGGCUUCACGAUGACCUCAUCUUCCAGCACCGCUACCUUCGCUUCCUCCAGCACGGCCGACAUCUCUUCGUCCAGCGACGUCAUGGCUGCUCUCGCCAGUAAGACGAGCACUGCUUCCUCCAGCAGUGCCGACUCGACCGUACCUUCCAGCGCUUCCGCUUCGAGCCCGACUGAUGUCAAGUGGAACGUGCCCUCGUCUACUGUUCCUACACCCACCUCGUAUUCAUCGGUGGUGGCUUCCAACUCGACCUCAACAUGGUCCGAGCCCACUCACACUCAAUCUCACAACCUCUCCACCCUCGUCCCGGAACCUACCUCGACCCCACUUCCGAACCUUCGCAACUCGCACUACGUCAUUUACUCUGACGCUUGGCUCACCGAGAUGCCGCACAGGUCGGCCGUCGAGGGGUUCAACAAGUUUAUCCUGGCGUUCUGGUUAAGCGACAAGGGCGCCGUCGAUAACGCCGCCUUUUGGGAGCGGCUGAGCCAAGCGGAACAGGCAGAGGUCAUCAAGGGGUACAAGGAGGCGGGGAUCACGUUGAUGGUCUCGGCUUUCGGUGCUACCGACAAACCUAUCACUGCCGGAAAGGACCCUAUUGCGCUCGCCAAGUCCUUGGCCGACUGGGUCAAGAAGAACAACAUGGCGGGUGUGGAUAUCGACCUCGAAGACAACGAGGCCAUGAACAAUCACAUCUUUAUUCCCUGGAUCGUCGCCUUUCAGAAAGAACUCCGGUCGCACCUUCCGGCUCCGUAUCUGAUCUCGCACGCUCCGCAAGCGCCAUGGUUCACUUCGGCCAACAAGUGGAAGGGAGGUUACCUGCAGGUCCACCGGGAAUGCGGGGACGGUAUCGAUUUCUACAACAUUCAAUACUACAAUCAAGGAGAUGACCAGUACCAUACCUGCGAAAACCUCUUGUUCGACUCGGGACGUCAAUAUCCCGACACGUCCGUCUUUCAGACCCACAAUGUCGGUGGGAUCCCGCUUCACAAGCUCGUCAUCGGCAAACCGCUGACCCGAGGGGGCGCGGCGAACGGGUACAUGGAGCCGGAAAAGCUGAAACGGUGUGUAGGGUUGGCGAGAGAGAAGGGGUGGGAUGCCGGGGUCAUGUAUUGGGAGUGGGACCAUACGGCUCAGGGGGCUUUAAGGGCCGUGAUUGGAUAAAGAUUGAGCGGAGCGGUCGAAACAUAGAUCGCUCGGUUGUAGUACCAAGUUGUAGUCAUUUUGUAGCCAUAUGCAUCGUGUUCGGACACGAUCUUUCACAUUAGGUCGUUUAUUGUAUGUUCGAAGCUCGAGUGAUAAGAAGCCGAGUAUGCGGAAUGCCCGGAUGUACGGUGCAGUUGCGAGACGAAGCAGAAGCAAACGGAUGUGAUACUGGGCCGGAAUGUCUCUUCGACGAUGUUUCACCUCGACAUGCUUCUCGGUUUCACGAUUGCAUACGAUGAUGCCUACGAUCGACAACAAAUGCAACAAACAAGACGCGAG